AUGGCCGAAAAGACGGUUGACGCUAUCACGACGGAGACGUACGAGCAUGCUCACGACCAACACCAUGGCCCCGGCACGCUGGACACGGCUGCCCCUAUGGAGCAUAUUGCUGAACUACAGGCUGCUGAACACAUCGACUUGACGUGGAGAUCAUGGGUGGUUGUGUUCGUCGCUUGCUUCGCCGUCAUGGCACAAGUAUUCGUCGUCGUGGCUGCAGGCUCCGUAAUUGCCUUCAUCAUCCGUGAUCUCGGAGACCCGUCGAUCGCCGGUUGGAUUAUACAAGGUCCUCUCCUGGUUCAAGCAGUUCUCUCGCCGUUCGUUGGAAGGCUGUCAGACGUCCUCGACCGCAAAUGGCUCGCCGCUUUACCACCUCUCAUCGCCUUUGCUGGUGCCUGUAUCUCCGCCAAGGCAACGUCCAUGUCGAUGCUCAUUGGUGGCGGUAUCUUGAUUGGUAUUACACUACCAACGAUAUCUAUCACGCAAGCCAUACCUUCUGAGGUCCUACCGCUGAAGUACCGAGCGUUGGCGAACGGGUUCGCCGGAUGGGCCGGCUCGAUCGGCGGUGUCAUUGCGUCGUUAAGUGCCGGAGCAUUGACGAACCAAAAUGCUGGUGGCUGGCGAGGCAUCUUUUGGGUGCAAGCAGCCUUCCACCUCAUGACGGCCCUUGGCUUCCUGAUCUUCUACUGGCCGAAGAGGCAUUCAGACUACCCUCGCAUGAGUUUCAAGGAAUGUCUUUGGGCAAUCGAUCCAAUCGGAACCCUACUCUACAUCAGCAGUGCUGCGCUGCUUCUGCUCGCGCUCGACUGGGCCGCGGGUGCCUAUCACUGGAGUGACCCACAUGUCGCUGCGCCUCUUGGUGUAGGCUUUGGCCUGCUUGCCGCCUUCUGCCUGUAUGAAUGGAAAGGCCGCGACGAUGGCAUCAUUGCGCAUGUCUUCUUCAAGGGCUCGCCGAACUUCGCACUCGCAAACGGUGCGUACGCUGUCGAGGGCUGGAUCUUCUACUCUGCCGUGAACUCCGUCACUCCGCAGAUGGCACUCAAUCUCGGCUUCGCAGACAGCAGCUGGAUUAUCAGUCUGCGUCAGCUCGCAUUUACGGGCAUGAUCUUACUCGUCGUCAUGCCUAUUGCGUGGUAUUCCACAAAGACCAAGGAUCUGAAAUGGCCGCUCGUGGUGACCUUUUCGGUGUUCGGUAUCGUUUGCAUCUUAUACGGCAACAUCACGCCAGGCUGGAACAACGCUCAAAUCGGUAUCAACGUCAUUUCCGGCCUUGGUCAGGCAGGCCCAUUGACAUUGAUUCCCGCGCUGGUUCAGUUCACCGCACCACAUGCCUACCUCAGCACAGCCACCGGCUUCGCCUUCUCCGCGAGAGCCAUCGGUGGCGCCUUCGGCUCUGCGGUACUUGACGCCAUCAUCAACGGCAAGCUUGCAGGCACCUGGGCACCAAAGGUCAGCGCUGCCGCCAUUGGCGCUGGUCUGCCAGCAACUUCUAUCCCUGCUUUGCUCGAGGGACUCGAGACUGGCGUGGGCCUCACCAAGGUGCCGGGCAUUACUCCAGCCAUCCUUGGAGCGGCGGCCGAUGCCAGCCACUGGGCAUAUGCUCACGCGUACAGAUUGGCAUGGUGGUCAAUCUUCCCGUUUGUCAUUAUUGCGUUGGUUGCGGUCUUGUGCUUGAAGGGUGUCAAGGAGCUUAUGACUGAAAGGGUCGAAGCUAGUGUCGAGAAGGAAGUGGUUCACGAGAAGGGGCAGGCCUAA